AUGAGUGUCGCCGACGACAGCAAGAAGAGGCUUCGGCCUGAAAUUGAAGAGGCGUUAGCCGCAAUGCCAGACUCCGAGACUAUUGCUGCUCCCUCGCCAAAGAAAGCCCGGACGGAAGAGCGCAGAUCUCUGUUUGUUCGAUCACUUCCCCCAAACGUGACGAACGAAAGCCUCGCGGAAUUUUUUUCUGAAUAUUUCCCAGUCAAGCACGCAACUGUGGUCGUUGAUCAGCAGACGAAGGAGUCUCGUGGCUUCGGUUUCGUGACUUUGGCGGACGCUGAUGAUGCCAAGCAAGCGCAGACUGUUCUGGACAAGAAGCAAUGGGAAGGCAGAAGUAUUCGAGUCGAAGUUGCCGAGCCAAGGCAAAGAAAAGAACUUGCUGAAGGCGCUGAACGCCGUCAGAAGCCUGGAAAGCCAGAAUUUGAGCCGACACCAAAGUUGAUUGUCCGAAACUUGCCUUGGAGCAUUCGCAACUCUGAGCAGCUUGGUCAUUUAUUCCGGAGCUACGGCAGAAUCAAGUUUGCGGAUUUACCCAAAGAUAAGGGAAAACUCAAGGGGUUUGGUUUUGUUACCCUACGAGGCAAAAAGAACGCAGAGAACGCCCUUGAAGGUGUCAACGGCAAGGAAAUCGACGGCCGAACUCUUGCUGUAGAUUGGGCCGUUGACAAGAGCACAUGGGACCAACAACAAGCUGAAGAUGAAGAAAAACGGGGUGAUGCCGAGGAUGACGAGGAAGACGAGGACAACCAAACCAGCUCUGAAGAAGAGUCAGGCGCUGAAGAUGACGAUGAAGACACUGAUCAAGAUCAGGAGGAGGGUCAACUGAAUGCUGAUCUAGAAAAUUUCAUGAAGAACCAUAUGCAAAAUAUGGUGGAUGAGGACGAUGAGGAAGAGGAUGAAGAAGAAACAAAACGAAAGGAAGAGCGCAACAACUCGUCUGACAACUCUACAACAAUUUUUGUCCGCAACCUCCCGUUUACGACCAACGAUGAAAAACUCAAGUCUUUCUUCAGCAGCUUCGGCAACAUUCGCUACGCUCGUGUCGUGAUGGAUAAAGCUACAGACCGCCCUGCCGGAACUGCAUUUGUGUGCUUCUUUGAGGGCGAGGAUGCCAAGGCAUGCAUCAAAGGUGCUCCGCGAGGACAAGAACCCGCCACCUCAGGCAAAAAGUCCAUUCUUCAUGACGACAACUUGGAUCCUACCGGAAAAUACACCCUUGAUGGUCGUCUCCUCAGCAUAGCGCAAGCCGUAAACCGUGCCGAAGCCAGUAACUUAGCAGAAAACUCGCUAGCCAAGAGAAGAGAAAAGGACAAGAGACGACUUUAUCUACUUGCGGAAGGCUCCAUCGGUACCAAUUCACCAAUCUACAACCUGCUGAGUCUCCCAGAAAUCCGAAUGCGCCAGGCCAGUGCAGUCCAAAGAAAGAAGCUCGUCCAAAGCAACCCAACUCUGCACAUGAGUCUUACUCGUAUUGCCCUCCGAAAUAUUCCCAAAGACGUUGGCUCCAAAGAACUCAAGGAGCUAGCCCGUAAGGCUGUCGUCGGGUUUGCGCAGGAUGUCAAGGCAGGCAUUCGCGAGCCGCUAUCUAAGGAAGAGAAUGCAAGAGACGGCAAAGACGCCAAGGAGAAGGAACAGCAGAGAAGGUUGAAAGGAAAGGGUAUUGUGCGCCAAGCCAAGAUUGUCUUUGAGAGCGUUCAAGGCUCCAAAGUCAAUGAGGACUCCGGUGCUGGCAAGAGUCGUGGUUACGGCUUCAUCGAGUAUGUGUCUCAUCACUGGGCCCUGAUGGGUAUGCGGUACCUGAACGGCCACCAGAUGGAUGACGUGGAGGAGGGCAAGAAGAAGCGCCUGGUGGCGGAAUUCGCCAUUGAAAACGCGCAGGUCGUGCAGCGCAGGAGAAUAAACGAGGAAAAGUCCAGGCAAGCCAGGGAAGAUGCUUCCAGCGGCAACCCACGCUUCAAAAAGGAUAAUGAUGGCGAGGAAGGCAACGGCAACGUCCGUGGUAGAAGAGGUGAUAGGGGUGGCAGAGGCGACAGAGGCGGGCAGGGCGGCCGUGGCGGGCGAGGCGGCCGUGGCGGUUAUGAUAGCAGAGUCCGAAGCGACGACACAGGUCGUGGCGGUGCUCGGGGUCGUGAUGGUGACCGUAGUCGCGGUAGUAGUCGCGGUCGCGGCGGUGACCGUGGUCGGGGUAGUAGUCGCGGUCGCGGUGGUGACCGUGACCGUGGUGGCGACCGGGACCAUGGUGGUAGUCGGGACCGUGGUGGUGACCGUGGCCGUGGCAGCCGUGGCCGUGGCGACCGGGGUCGUAGCGAGGGAAGAGACCGCCGCGACAAGAAGCCUCUGAUGGACAAGUUCAAGGGUGACGGAACUGACGGAGGUCGAAAGGGCGACAUGCAGCAAAGGCUCGUGGAACGCAAGCAUCACACACGCAUGAAGAAGUCCGAGUCUAGAGCCCACUAA